CGCGGGAAAGAACCGGAAGUUGUACUGAACCUUCACCUCCUCUCCGCACUGAAGGAAACGCAAGCUCCGCGAGAGAGGUUCCGGCGCCUCCUGGGCUGGAGGAGACAGAAUGGAGACCGCGACCGAAGGUCCGGGACUGGACCGCGGCCCGACGCUGACCUCGUCCUGGGAUGCGGUGUGCGGAGCGCUGACCCAAAGCCUCCUUCUUACCCGGAUUGGGCCAGAUGCCCAGGACUUGAACUUCGAGCAGCUGCUGGAGCCGUCAGCUCCGGGGCUGGAUCUGGUGAGUCUGAAGAGCAGCCUGAGCCCCCGAGAUGAAAACCCCUGCUUCCUUUACCUGAAGUGUGGGCCUAAUGGGGAUGAAGAAAUCCUUUCGGUUGGCGUUCUGAGUUCAGCAAGAAACAUGGAAGUAUAUGUAGGAGAGGAGUAUUGUGGAACCAGUCGGGGCAAGAAUGCCUGCACUGUCCUGGAUGACAGUGAACGCGAAAAGAUUCUUUUGUACAAAAAAUACCUAAAAUUGGAACCUCCCACCCAUACUUGUAAAAUAAAGUUGCUGUCCUUCGGUGAAAAGCAGUGUGUGCUCAUCAGUAAAGUUGUGGUGCACGUGAGACCAAGGUCAGCAAAUCCUUCACCAAGCUCUUCUGCUCUAGGAUCACGGAUAGACCUCGACAAUAUCCAAACCAUAAUGGAGUCAAUGGGAUCAAAGUUAUCUCCUGGAGCUCAGCAGCUGAUGAAUAUGAUUAGGUUUCAGCAGCAGAAUUGUCUUCCCAUUGGAGAUCAGCUUCAGUCAAUGCUGGGGACCACAGGCCACAAGCAUCUGAUUACACUGCAGUCCUCGCCUUCUUCAGGAGUCUUAGAUAAAGCGUCCUCCACACCUUUUCCUUUUAGAACUGGAUUGACACCUUCGGCCAUCACGGAAAAUUUAAAGGCUCUUAUUGAUAAAAGCACACAGCCGCCUGGAAAAGGAAAUACCACAAACCACGAUGAGUGCCGCCUUGUGCCACAAAACCCUUCCCUUUUUGAAAGUGAUCUUAAAAAUGCAGUGUCUUCUUUCUUACCGAAGAAGGCAAGUGGCAACUCAAAUGUGCCCAGCUCUGAGUUGCUGCCUUUUCUCCAGAAUUUAUGUAGUCAGGUCAACCAUCUCCGCGUGGGACAUAAUGCCAAGUGGCAGGAGAACAGCUGCAAGCCCCGAGAGAGCACUGCUGGGGUUUCGAUGGAAGAGCAGCCUGUUUGCUCCUACUUGGAAAAGGUUCUUUCUAAAAACAUGGAGCUCAUGGAAAAGAAGCUUAUGGACCACAUUGAUGAGAGGAUCUGUCGGCUCCAGGAGCACAUAGAUGCGAAAAUGGCUUUGUUAGUGGACUUGCUGCGAAACCCCAACUCCCCACCCCCAGGGAUACCUCUAAGACACUAUGACUCCAGAGAAAGACUUUCCAAUGGAGAGAGAUAAGCUAUCGACGCACCCAAUUAUUGCAGAUAUUUAUUACAUAUUUAUUACAAAGCCCAAAUCCAAAAAGGUUAUAGAAAUCAAGUCUUUAAUGUCCUUUGAAGGAUUGUUGUCUUACAUGGUGACCUCAGUGCUCUUUUUAGUGCACUUGUUACUGUAGACCCGGGUCUGCACCAUCAGCUACCCUGAUGCAGUCGUAAGUUAUUUUGCUCGCUAUAUUUUUCACUCUUACAAAAAUGUAUACUUGUAUUGCUCGAGUUUUUAGGAUAUGUAAAGACUUCUAAUGCAGUUCAUUGGUUUGUAUUGUAUAUGACAUAUGUUUGAAGUGGAUUUUUUUUAUUUAUACAGAUACCUGUGAAAUAUAGUCUCAGGAGUAUGAAAAGUAAUGCUAUGAUUUUUUUUUUUCCUAAUUUUCAGAAAGUUGGAUACCUGGGCUCUUUCCUUCGGAUUACCAGUUUAUACUGAUGCUGUGUAUCUGAGAUGACUGUGUGCGGUGUUGGGGCAGUCUGGGGUAGUUUACGCUGAUGCUGUGUAUCUGAGAUGACUGUGCAAUGUUGGGGCAGUCUGGGGUAGUUUACGAGCGAGGGGCAGUGCUCUGGUUCAUUGCAGUGCAGCUGUAGAUUGCUCGUUUUCAAUCCUAUUUCGGAUGUGGUGCUGCAGGUAAAAUGGAAGGAAAUUCUUUGCUGGAACUGACAGGUUCUUCUCCCAGAGCCCUUUUCUAGCAUGUAUGAUGUGUGACAUUCUGAGAAUCUAAAAUGAGGAUUAAGAUGUAUGAAUCUAGGAGUUUUCAAUCACCAGACUGAAUUUUCAGAACUUAACUGUUACCUCCAUGGUGGUAAUAUAGCCGCACCCAAACGCAUCUGCUCUUAAGACCACUUGAAAGUAAAUAGAACCCUGUUUGCUAAUUUGCUUAUGUUGGGGAUUUUUACUUCUUUUCUUCCUUCCUUUUUUUUUUUUUUCAAGAAAAGAAUAUUUCAUACUUAUCCAUUGUUUUGGCAAACUGUUCUUUUAAAUGCCUGUUGUUUCGAUCAUACGGCAGAGGUGACAUAGCAUAUGGGACACAGAACACUAUUGCUGGUCUUGGGCCAUAGUUGGUGGGAUAGUCAUACCAUGUGUAGAUUAAGGUGUCACCUUCUGAGCUCACUUAUGGCUCCAGUUAGUGCUUUUGCAGUUUUUGGCAGUCGUGGUUCCUCCUGAAUUUAAGGAAUACCUGCAUGACUUGGUAGUGCCCUCAGUGCCCUCAUUAGCUGGGCUCCCCAUGUCUAUAAGACAGGACUAUAGCCCUAACUGAAGGCUUUGAAACCAUCUUCAUCUUAGCCUGACACACCUUUCCAGCCUCAUCUCCACUGCAAAUCCCUGCAUUCCCAUCCCUGAUCCAUAGAGGGCCUGACCAGGGAGCAGGCAGGGGCCAGUGAGAUCUUACAGGAAAGCAAGAAGGGUGAAAGUUGGAAACACAUCUCAUAAAGGAUACAGUGUGUGUCAUAGUGUAACAUGAACCCUGAAAAAUUACCACCUCUCCAGGAAGUCCUGUGAUGGGGGUGAGAAUAGCCUGGAGCCUACUAGAACACCCCCACACCUUCCCGUCAGAAAAGAUGGCUCAUAGUUCUGAUAAGUUAUUUCUUUUUCCUUGGAUUUUUUGAGACACGGUUUCUCUGUAGCUUUGGAACCUGUCCUGGAACUAGCUCUUGUAGACCAGGCUGGCCUUGAACUCACAGAGAAUUACCUGCCUCCGCCUCCCGAGUGCUGGGAUUAAAGGUGUGCGCAACCAUCACCCAGCCCUGAUGAGUUAUUUCACAGCUCAGAAUACAUAUGUAUAUAUAUACUUGUCUGACUUUUGUUUUUUCUUUUCUGUGGAUUGUAACACUGCUAUAGAAAAAUGGGGAGAAAGGACCAUUCCCCCGACCUCCAUGUUCCCUCAGUUCUGACGAAAACUGUAAGCAAAACCCAUUUCCUUUUUCUGUGUCUUGAUAUAUAUUGGUAGAAGUGGCUGGUAACAGAACCUCCAGAUUCAGGUAACAGCUUGAUAUGUUUAUGGGAUAGGAUGUUUAUGGCAAGUGAAUAUCAUGCUUGAUCUGUGCUGUGUACCCCGCCAUGAAAGAAAAAUGAAAUAUUCCCUGUCAAGUGGCCCUAGUGAAAAUAGUUUAAAAUAAGACCACCAAGAAGGGCCUGUGUGUAAGGGCUCGAGGAGUCCUCACUGCCUCUGUAUGUACUUUUGCUCUGUAAUAUAACUGCCCUCUUUUCUUUUCUCCUCUCUGAAUUCUUUCUCUGACAGUGAUAAGAAUCUGCCAGCACUUAGAAGAGCUAGGAGGUCUUCUCUGAGACCUUCCUGUGAUUGGCCACCAGCAGCUCUUAACUGCCUGUGGUCUCCUGUCUAUCUCUGAUGACCUGGGAGACAUUUAAAUGUCUUCACACCAAGGAUGCUCCCUUGUCCCCAGCUGCCCUUUCCAUCUCCUGUAAGGACCCUUCUCCAUCUCUGUGUCUUGCGUGUGCCUCUUUGAAGCCUGAAUCUUACUUAGCUUGGUCUUUACCAGCCAUGACUUUCCUUCCUGAACUGAUUCUCUGGCGUGUGCACCCAAAUCUUCUCUUGCAGAGCCCAGUAUUGUAGAACAGGAGGUGCUCAAGGAAGUCCUCUGUGAGAUGAACUGGAUUUUCUGCACCUCACUGUAUGUGUUUGUGCUGUGUUGUGCUUCUCUGCCUGAGUUUAUAGAUGUUUCUCAGAUCCUGUCCCUGCUAGGCCUGAGAUGCAGAACUCACGUCCUGGUCCUGCCAUACCUGGAGCUACUUCACUGCGUUGUAUGACUGGGGACGAGAUAAGAUACACAGAUAAGACUAAGCAGAGAGAGAAGGGAGCGUUCCCUCUAAAGUGUGGUUGCAGCCUCUUACUACCUGAAAAUCAAGAGUUCCAGGACAGUCACCACUAAUAUUUGCUCUAAAGGCUGCCAACAUAUAGGCAAUAUUUCUUUUAUAUAGAAACAUCCUCAAAAAAGAAAGUUAAAAAGCUGGGCAUGAUGGUGCACACCUUUAAUCCCAGCACUCAGAGUCCAAGACAGGCUGAUCUCUGAGUUGGAGGCUAGCCUGGUCUACAUAGCAAGUUCUAGGCUAGCCAAACCUACCUACAUAGUGAGACCCUUAUUGAAAAAAACUGUAAAAGAAUGUUAAGGUAGCAAUAAACCAGGUUUAAGGCCUGAGUGUACAUGGCUUUGAGUAUGCCCUUAAUGUUCUCCUAGAUAUUUUCUGGGAAUCCCACUAACAAAACAGCUUUUGUUCACAGUGAAUAUACCCCAAAUUUCUGCCCCCUCCACUGUAGUCUAGUGUGUUACAGUCCCUGCCCAGCAUACCUCAGGAGUCUUCCUGUGACCACAUUUAUACUUAACAACCCUCUCAAGAUAUAACUGAAAAUCAACAGAAUCCUAUGUUUGACUGUUAGGCAGAAGUGAAGGGUGCCCUCUCUUAAUCCCACACUCAUAUUUUGGAUGUGAUUUGCUUUUCCCUGAGCACCUCUCUAUUAACCUCUGUUCUUAAACUUUUAAAAUAAACCACAGCUCUGCUUCCUGUCAGCCUGUCCUGAAAUUCUUUUCUUCAUCAUGCUGACGAUGUGGCUUUCUCUGAGUAGAGGUCCCUAAGUGGGGAGGAGCUCCUCCAGUUGCUGCGGGUGCCAGAACCAUGUCUGCAGCACUGACUCUGACAGGAAGUUGUCUUUGAGGGUUUAGAUUAUAUACUGCUUCCGUAGACAAGGCUGGCCUUGAACUUUCUGAUGAUCCUCGGGAUUACAGACCUGUACCACAGUGCCUGGCCAAGGCUUUGUUCUUUUGUGGACUCUUGGGGACAGUAACUGUGACUUAUCUCUGGAGUGAUGAUAACAGAAGGGCUAGUAUCCUGAGCAGUGAUCUCCAGUUACAAAGCAAAGUCAUAGCAAAUUCAAUUGCAAGAUGGAAUCGAUGUUUCUCUUAACAGUUUGUGAUGAGCUGUGCAGAGGAGAUGAAAGCAGAGCUUUUCAUCAGAGGGCCAAUAAAAGCAAAAAUAAGGAGUGAAACUAGAUUGGACAUCUCAAAGCUAGUUCAUAGGGAGCUAAAACAAAACUCACUUAUCCUUGUAGCUCACAUAAAUGGUGCCUAUGUGGACUGGGUAUAGUGCAUGUCCUGUGUUUUGAAAAACUGGUUUCUAAGUUCAGACUUUGUGGCACACCGUUUGUGAUGGCUGUUCUUGGUUGUCAACUUCAUCUGGAAUUAGGUAGAACCCAAGCAGCUGAGCACACCCGUGAGGGUUAAGUCUUUAAAGAGGGAAGACCCACUUUUAGUCUGGACCUUUGGGGUGGAAAAAUACACCUUUUAUCUGGAUCUUUUGAGGUAGGGAGGUCCACCUUUGCUUUGGGCCACACCUUCUGAAGGCAGCCUGUUAUAAAGGACAUUGAAAAAGGAAGCCUGCUCUCUGCCUGCUUGCUCUGGCUCUCACUGGCAAGUCCAUCCCUUCACUGGCAUUAGAGCCUACUUCUUUAGUAUUCUGGUGUAUACUGAAGACCGGCUGAGACAUGUAGCCUUGUGGACUGAACAGCUGCUGGAUUCUUAGGUUUUCUGUUAGUAGACAGCCAUUGUUGGACUAGCUGGACCAUGGCCUAUAAGCUAC